UGCGGCCUUCCUUUGGUUCAGGAAAGGCCCCUCACCCUUCCAGGCGCUGUAUUUUCGCCGCCUCGGGGAAGGCACGAGGGUGCCACGUCGGUCCUCCAUGUCACACGUGUCACUGUGUGAAGUGUCUGCCCCCGCCGCCCUCCCCCCCCCGCCCCCCCGCGCUCUCUCCCUUCGCUAUCGAACAGAGCCCGGUCCUCUGUCGCCUCCGUUGCCUUACCCUGUGCACCAUUGGUCAGAAAGGGUAUUGCGGAAGCUGGAUUGGCGGGACAAGGUCAGGUCUGAGCUGACGUCACCAUGAAUAAGGAUAAGAUAUUCCAGUUGGCGAAGGGCUUCCGAGGGCGGUCGAAAAAUUGCAUCAGAGUGGCGCGAGAGCGCGUGGAGAAAGCGCUGCAGUAUGCGUAUCGCGAUCGCAGGAACAAGAAACGAGACAUGAGGGGGCUGUGGAUUCAAAGGAUCAAUGCUGGCUCUCGCCAACAUGGGCUUUUGUUGAGUAAAUGGGACCUCCACGCCAUCGCUUGUGGAGCUGCCCUUUCCCCUUCCUCCCUGCUCUUACGAUGUGAGGAAGGAGGCGCCGUAAUCAUAACUUGUGCAUAUUCAGAAAAGCACAAUAGGGAAAAAAAGCACGAGAAGGACGUAGACAAGGAGGAGGAGGAGAAGGGUGGGGCAGGCAUCUGUUGGUCUGUUCGACCCCAGAGCGACUCAACAUGGUGGGGUAGGCAUCUGUUGGUCUGUUCGACCCCAGGGCUACACACAGAUAGCAGCGGAGAAGCAGCAAACAUGCCAUCACAGCAGACACCUCACCGGACGAGAGGAGGCAGAGGACGAGGAGGAGGUGGCACACGAAGUGCCGGACAUAGCGGCAGAGGCAGAAGGAGGAGACAUGAGGAUACAGGAGGAGGAGCUGGAGGAGGAGUAAUAGACCAUGCAUCGGAAGCGGCAGCAGAGGAGAAAGAGGAGGUGGUAGCCCAGGAGGUGGCCGUGGCAGAGGAGGAGAGUAAAGGACCAGUGCUAUGAACUGGGGCAAAGGGGGCAGCAGUGGGACACGCAAUGAAAAGGCAAAAAAGAAAAAAGAAAAAAACACAAACACACACACACAGAGUAAAUCCAAUCACCCGAA